AAGAAGUUAAAAGCAAAGAAUAGAUGGCGUAUAAGUGAGUCCGAUGAAAAAGCUCUUUCAUCAUUAAAAUUAAUGGAAAUGAAUAUGAAGAGAUAACAAAACUUCCACUCCCGCCCUUAUUAAUUCAUUCUCUCGAUCUCCUCGCCUUAUUUUCCGAUUCAAUUUCCUCCCAAAAUCAACAACACCCAGCCCUAACUUAUAUUAUCCCCCAAAAUUCUUCAAUUUUUCCCUUUUCUCAAUUAAUUUCGCUCAGUUUCUAGAUAUACAGUUUGGUGCUUUCAAUUCAUUCUCUCAUUUCGAUUUAGAUUUACUGCCACUCACACGAAUUUCAAUUACAGGCCCAUCCUCGUGCAAUUACUGGUUAAAAUGCUAUUGAGUAUUCUUAGAAAGCGUCUUAGGCCUUCAAGCUACAGUGGUGGUAAUCUGCUUGGUUUCAUUGGAAAUGGCUAAAGGUAGCAGGGGACGACGUGGGAUGGCUUCCCGACAGUUCAGGCUGACACCAUACCCACUGCCAUCAUGUGAUCGAGAGGACUUGUACAUGAAGAGAUCUUCAGAGGCGUUGGAUAAGAAAGAUUGGGAAGAUGUAACUUGUUCUGUGUGCAUGGAGUGCCCACACAAUGCUGUUCUUCUACUUUGUUCAUCUCAUGACAAGGGUUGCCGCCCCUACAUGUGUGGAACUAGUUUUCGGUACUCUAAUUGCCUUGACCAAUAUAAAAAGGCUUAUGCUAAAGGGAACUCAUCCGAUAUUACUGCUGAAAACCCAAUUCUGUCUUCAGAUGACAAGUGCGAAGCGACAGAGCUUGCAUGUCCACUUUGCAGGGGACAGGUGAAAGGGUGGACUGUGGUGGAACCUGCACGAGAUUUUCUUAAUGCCAAAAAGAGGAACUGUAUGCAAGAUGACUGUUCAUUUGUUGGAGCUUUUAAGGAGCUACGGAAGCACAUGAAGACAGCUCACCCAUCUGCAAGGCCACGUGAAGUUGAUCCAAUUCUUGAGCAGAAAUUUAGAAGGAUCGAGAGGGACCGUGAACAUGAUGAUGUAAUUAGUACGAUAAGAUCCACAAUGCCCGGGGCAAUGUUUUUUGGAGAUUAUGUAAUAGAGGGAGACAAUCAUGGUUUUGAUUCCGAUGAAGAAAACCGGGAAUUUGAUGCAGAUGCUGCAGGGAGGAACGAUGCUGGUUUUGAUCGAAACCUGGUGAAUGUCUUCCUACUGUUGCAUGCAUUUGGACCAUCUGGUGAUGGUAUGGGCAGACGGCUGAGACAGCCUGAGAGGUCCAGUGGGAAUGAGAGUGCUGUUGAUACUCGCCACACUUUGUCUGUCAGUAGUUUGAAUUCAUCAGAUGACGACAAUGAUAAUGACAAUGACAGUGACAAUGACCACGGUGAUGGAGGAUUAUCCCUUGUAAGCCGACUUCGCCGCCAUGGUAGGGUGCUUUUGGGACGUUCAGGUAGGAGGCGCAGGCAGAGAGAAGCCGACGGCGGAGGUGAGAGAUGAUUUUAAAUGCUAGGUACAUAGCUUUAGGAGGACUAUUUCUGAGACAAAAAAAUAUAAAGAAUUGACCUCAAAUUUCAUGUAUUUAUUUAAAUUGCAUGGUUUCUGCAGAAGGGCUGGCAGGAAAAUUUGAAUCGUCUGUUAUAUAAUAUCCUAGAUUUAGUUUUCUUAUUGCCUUGACAGGCAAUGAAACAUUCUUCUACAUGAAAAAUAACCUUUGUAAACAUGCAUGUAAACAUGUAAUUUUCUUGUACUCAUAAUUUGCAGCUUCUUUAUUCUUUUU